AUGUUGUUAGAGUGCAGCGCUUCCAUAAACAUUGUGGAUAAAGACAACAACUCGUUGCAUUAUGCAUCACAGUCAAGGCAAGGCAAUCCAAAUAUAACGAAACUAUUGAUUGAGAAAGGCAUCGACGUGAAUUUGCAAAAUAAUAAUGGAAUGACAGCUUUACAAGUUUCUUGCCAGUCAGGUAAUUAUGAAAAUUCAUUAAUGUUACUAGAAUGCGACGCUUUGAUGAAUAUUAGAGAUAAUGAAGACAACAAUGCUUUACAUCAUGCGUCAAAAUUAUGGGAAGAUAAUCGAGAUCUUUUAAAAUUGUUGAUCAAAAAAGGCAUCCACAUAGAUGCUCAAAACAAAUAUGGGGAAACGGUUCUACAACUUGCAUGUUUGAAAGGAGAUCAAGAAAUUGUAGAAAUGGCGUUAGAACACAACGCUUCCGUGAAUAUUUCGAACGAAGGUCUUAGCAACGCGUUGCAUUAUGCAUCAAGAUCUUGGUGGAACAAUCGCGAUAUAAUAAAAUUACUGAUCAAAAAAGGCAUCGAAGUAAACGCUCAAAAUGAAAAUGGAACGACGUCUUUACAACUUGCUUGCGGAAACGGUGAUCUUGAAAUUACUAAAAUGUUGUUGGAAUUUGGCGCUUGCAUAAACAUUGUCGACAAACAAAACCACACUGCAUUGAAUUAUGCCUCAAAACUGUCAACCGACAAUCGAAGUAUAAUAAAAUUACUGAUCAAGAAGGGCAUCAACGUCAGUGCUGAGAGCAAAAAUGGGACUACAGCUUUACAGUUUACAUGUUUAAAUGGAGUUUAUGAAAACACAAAAAUGUUGUUAGAUUUCGGCGCUUCUGUAAACAUUGUGGACAAAAGCAACAAUAACAAUUUAUUACAUUUUGCAACAGCAUCACGGCGAACUACUCGAGGUAUAAUACGACUGUUGAUUAAAAAAGGCAUCGACAUAAAUGCGAAAAACAAAAAUGGAAUGACAGCUUUACAACUUGCGUGUGAACGAGGUGUUUAUGCAAAUGCCAAAUUGUUGUUAGAUUGCGGCGCCUCCAUCAACAUUUUGGACAAAGGCAACAAUAACGCUUUGCAUUUUGCAUCGAGUUCAAAGUAUGACACUACGGAUAUAGUAAAUUUACUGAUUACUAGAGGCAUUGAUGUAAAUAUCCAAAAUAAAAGUGGGGCUACAGCCUUACAUCUUGUUUGCGAAAAAGGCUCCCAUGAAAGUGCACACAUAUUGUUAAAGUACGGGUCUUCCAUCAAUGUUGUGGACAAAGACAACUGCAGUGCCUUACAUUAUGCAUCAAGAUCUUGGACAGACAAUCGAAACAUCAUAAAGCUUUUAAUUGAAAAAGGUAUUGACGUAAAUAUCCAAGACGAAAAUGGGACUACAGCUAUACAAUUUGCGUGCAAGAAUUGUGAUUACCAAAUUACAAAAAUGUUAUUAAAAUGCGGCUCUUCAGUAAACGACGUGGACAAAGAAAACAGCAACGCUUUACAUUAUGCAGCAAAGGCAGAAUGCGAGAAUGAGGAUAUUAUUGAAUUAUUGAUAGAGAAAGGCAUCAAUGUAAAUUCUCAGAACAAAAAUGGUACCACAGCUUUGCAUCUUGCUAGCGAAAAUGCUGAUUUUGAUAUAGCCCAAACAUUAUUAGAAUCCGGCGCUUCCGUAAACAUUUUGGACAAAGAUAACAACAACGCUUUGCAUUAUUACGUAAGGAGCAAGAAACGGCGUAUAAGAAACUUAUGGAAGAAAAGUGCGCAACAUUGUGAGGGAGCUUUACUGCUUGCACGCGAACAAGGCAUGUCUGAAAGCAGCUUAAGUUUACUUUUUCUAAAAGACCAUUUCAUUAAUGUUUCAAAGAAAAAACAGAAGAUAAGCUUGGAGAACGGUACUGUAGACAUAAUAACAUUAUUGGUUGAGAACGGCAUCGACGUAAAUGCUAAAAAUAAAAAUGGAACGACACCUUUACAACUUGCAUGUAAGCACACUGUGUAUGAAAAAGUGGAAAUGUUGUUAACUUGCGGCGCUCUCACUAAUCUGAUGGACGAAGAGAACAACAAUGCUUUACACUAUGCAUCAAACUCGGAAUAUGAGAACCAACAUAUAAUAAACUUACUGAUCCAGAAGGGCGUCGACGUGAACGCUCAAAAUAAAUACGGAACGACGGCGUUACAACUUGCUUGCAAAAACGGGGUUUAUGGAAACACAGAAAUAUUAUUAGAGUACGACGCUUCUAUUAAGAUCACGGAUGAAAACAACCAAAGUGCACUACAUUAUGCAUUAGAAUCAGAGGCGGACAAUCAAUGUGUAAUAAAGUUGUUGAUUGAGAAAGGUAUUGAUAUAAAUACUAGAAGUGAAAAUGGGACCACAGCAUUACAACUUGCAUGUAAAAAAGGUGUUUAUGACUUAGUAGAUAUGUUACUAGAGUUCGGCGCUUCCGUAAACACUUUGGACAAAUGCAAUAACAAUGCGUUACAUUAUGGAUUGUGGGCAAGAGGAGAUAAUAGAAGAAUAUUAAAACUACUGAUAGAAAAGGGUGUUGACAUCCGCGUACAGAAUAAAAUUAAAGUGGCAGCUUUUCAACUCCUAUAAACUAUUACAGCUUUUUCCAGUGAAGAAUAAGCAAUACAUUAUUUUAUAAUACAGUGUAUUUUAGAUAAUUUCGAUGGAAUGCGUUUCCUAAAUAAAUUGAAAGUUGUAAUUUUGAACUUAUAUAAAAUUAAAUUAUGCCACACUCUACCAACAAUUUCAAGCAACGAGUAUUUCUGUACUAUGUUUGUCGUUUUUAUUGAAACACCAUCUGUUGAUUUUGCUUAAAAUUUAUCAAUUGGUGACAGCUUUCGGUUGAUUGUGAACAGCUGUUAGUUAGAAAAUUGUUUCAAUAUGAACUUUGCCCGAUUUACGAUCAACAUGCGGUGUUUCACGAGAAAUGGUAAAGACAUUUCAUUGUGUGGAGUGUUUCAAAAAUGAUGGAAAAGCUCGAUGGUACGUUGUCAAAUUUUAUAUGCAUGAUAUGAAUAUCGUGUAGAUGGUAAAAUACUAAUCAAACUUUGUCUAAUCAUCUCCACCAACAAAGUGAUGACGUGACCUCAAAAUUAUACAUAGUAAAUGUGUUUUAAAUUUUACCUAUAUAAGGUAUAUUCUUUUUUUUUUCAGUCAUUGAUGUUGGUUUGAAAUUUGUCUAACUGAUCUCACAUUUGGGAUCAACAGUAAUUAUAGCUGUUGAAGCAAGUUAGGCAAUUUUGUAAAAAUUCCAAAAUAAUUAAAAAACGGAUAGUUUAACCUUAAAAUAAAUUCAAUAGUUUAGUCAGAUUUUUACAAGUCACAGAGUUCCUGGAUAUUAAGGUAUUAAUACAUAUUUGAGACAAUUAAAAAAGAUAACCCAUUCUAAAAUUGACAACGUCGGCACCCUAUUCCCACUCUUCUGUUUCCCACCCCUCCGUUAGUUUAUCCUCUGCUUGCAUGAUAAAGUUUUCCAAAAUGUAUAAAAUUCUACCUUUCGUCGUCGCUGUUGAAUUUGGGUUGCCAAACUUGCUGUUGAAGCUUUGGGCCAUCAUUUUGAGGUGUUUGCUUCCUCGCUUCUAACUGCUGCCAGAUCCAACGACCUGUGGAAAAGCAUCACCCAAGGAGAUCCAGUCUUGAGGAAGACCGUCAAGGAUCAGCUAGUGUUAGAAAAACGAAGAUGCCGAGAGGAGAUGCUGAAUCCUGGACUCUUGCUAUCCAUAACCAGGGAUGGAUCUGGAAGACUGUUUGCAUCCAACGCUAGCAAAAUUCUUCGGACACAGUUUUCAGUACAAAGACAGGUUAAAACCCAAGAAAAAAGGGAACGGCGUCAGAAUAAGAUCUCUUCGCAAAAAAUAAUACAAGGAAAUGAAUAUUGUAAAAUAAUGAGAUGUUAAUAAAACCAUUGUAAAUAUC